GCAGCCCCACUGCGCACACUGUUAAUACGCGCCUGCCUUGAAAAGUUAACGAAGGGUUUUCACUUGUUGCUUUUAUUAAACCCGGUAAACCUCGAGGACCUGCGUUAAAAGGAGCGACGGGCUGAUCAUGUCUCGGAUUUUUGGGCUGUUUGCGAGUUGUUUGUUGUUUCUUCUAAUCGCGGGUGCGGAAGGGAAGCGCAGCAGGGACAGAGUUUACUAUGUGGGGAUCAUUGAAGACUCUUGGGAUUACGCACCAAGUGGAAAAAACCUGCUUAACGGACAAAACGUGGAAAAUGAUGAGCAUGCAUCUGUGUUCCUGAAGAGAGGACCCCGUCGUAUUGGCAGUGUUUAUAAGAAAGCCAUGUUCAGACAGUAUACAGAUGACACAUACAGCGUCCUGGCACCCAGACCGGACUGGUUGGGCUUCCUUGGGCCAAUACUGCGAGCUGAAGUCGAUGAUGUUAUUGUGGUCCACCUGAAGAACUUUGCGACCAGGAGCUACUCCAUGCAUCCUCAUGGAGUUUUCUAUGAGAAGAACACAGAGGGGGCGAUGUAUCCAGAUGGGACAUCAAACAAGCUGAAGGAGGACGACUCAGUUCCUCCGGGAGGCAGCUACACUUACCGCUGGGAGGUCAGACCAGAAUUUGCCCCCACAGAUGACGAUGCCAACUGCCUGACCUGGGUCUACCACUCCCACUUUGACGCCCCCAGGGACAUCGCCUCUGGACUGAUUGGGGCUCUGCUCACCUGCAAGAAAGGAAUCUUAAAAGAGACUAACAAUCCAGCCCAAGGUCAGACGAAGCCAGGGUCUGCUGUAGAGUCAGUCCGAAAUGAUGUGGACCAAGACGUCUUCCUGAUGUUCAACAUCGUGGACGAAAAUCUGAGUUGGUACCUGGAGGACAACAUUCAGACCUACUCUGAUCUAGCUGAAGCCGAUGAAGACUUCAACGAGUCAAACCUGAUGCACGCAAUUAAUGGAUACAUGUAUGGAAACCUGCCUGGAAUCAAGUUAUGCCAGCACCGUGCAGUGGCCUGGCAUUUGUUUGGCAUGGGUAACGAGGUGGACAUUCACUCUGCCUUUUUCCAUGGGAACACACUGCUGGACCGUGGCCACCGCACCGACGUCCUCAGUCUGUUCCCGGCUACGUUUGCUACAGCUGAGAUGGUCCCGAAAGCAGCAGGGAAGUGGUUGCUGACCUGCCAGGUUAAUGACCACCUUCAGGCUGGGAUGCAGGCCUUUUAUGAGGUGAAGUCAUGUGGCAGUGAAGCCGGCUCUACAGAGAUGGGCGGCGUUGUGAGGAAUUAUUACCUGGCAGCAAGCAAAGUCCUGUGGAGCUAUGCUCCCUCAGGAAGGGAUCUGAUUAAUAAUGUGUCCCUCACUGAGGCAGACAGAGCAUCUGAGGUGUUUUUUGGUACAGAUGGCGGAAGGAUUGGAGGUAAAUACUUUAAAGUUGUAUACAAGGAAUACACAGACGAUACGUUCACCACUGUGAAGCCACCAACACAAGAGUCUCGACACUUAGGAAUCUUAGGUCCAGUCCUAAGGGCAGAGGAAGGAGACACUCUCAGAGUCACAUUCAUGAAUAAAGCUGAUAGGAACUACAGCAUCCAGCCUCACGGCCUGCACUAUGAUAAACACUUCCAGGGAACCACCUAUGAGGACGGUGUUGAUAAGCCAGGCUCUCACGUGGGUCCAGGGGAAAACUUCACCUACACCUGGCAGGUGAUAGAAGGUCCUUCUCCAUCUGAUUCUCCAUGCAUCCCCUACCUGUACUACUCUGGCACUGAUCCCAUCAAGGACACCAGCUCUGGAUUAGUGGGACCUCUGCUCGUGUGCAAGAAGGGAGCGCUGGGGGAGAACGGAACCCAGAAGGGUCUGGAUAAGGAGUUUUUCCUUCUGUUUUCUGUCAUCGAUGAAGAAAUGAGCUGGUACUUUGACGAGAAUAUCCGGAUGUUUGGCACCAACGAAACAGAUGAUGAAGACAAAGACAUUGAGGAGAGCAAUUUGAUGCAUGCUGUAAACGGACGCAUGUAUGGGAACCUUCAGGGACUGGAGAUGUGUGCCGGGGACAACGUUGUGUGGUACACCUUUGGACUAGGUACCGAAGUGGACAUCCAUGGUGUUUAUUUUGAGGGGAACACCUUCAAGAAGCAGAGCACCACACGAGACACUAUCAACCUGUUCCCUCACACAACUGCUACUGCCAGCAUGCAGCCAAACACUCCUGGUGUGCACGAGGUGAGCUGCAGAGUGACGGACCACUUCUCAGCCGGCAUGAGGCAGCAGUACUCAGUGGACCUCUGCCCCCGGCACAAAUUUAAGCAAGCAUACAAAGGAGGGCCGACCAAGAUUGUGCAGUAUUUUAUUAGUGCUGAAGAAAUAGUGUGGGACUUCUCACCCAAGAGAGACUGGGAGCUGGAGAAACACCACGUGACAUUAGACGACAGUCCAGGCAAUAUUUUUGUGAGGAGGGGGGGAAACAAAAUCGGCUCACGCUAUAAGAAGGUGGUGUACAGAGAAUACACGGAUGAAACUUUCACAGUUCAGAAGAAACGACAGCCAGCACAACAACACCUGGGAAUUAUGGGUCCAAUAAUCAAAGCAGAGGUAGGAGAGCUGAUCGUGAUCACUUUCAAGAACAAAGCAAGCAGGCCAUACUCCAUAAGCGCGCAUGGAGUGAAGGCCAGCGGUGCACACAUUCCUGUCAAACCUGGCAAUAUAUUGGAGCUGACGUGGGAUGUUCCUAAAAGCUCUGGUCCAGGGGUCUCUGAUCCUAACUGUAUAUCUUAUGCAUACUACUCCAAAGUUGACUUCAUUCGGGAUCUGUACAGUGGUCUUCUGGGGCCUCUGGUGAUAUGCAGGCCGGGGACUCUGCAGCGAGGCGAGGGGCCCGACAGACAGAGGGAUGACGUGGAGAAGGAGUUUGCUCUGCUCUUUAUGGUGCAUGAUGAAAACCAGUCCUGGUACUUAGAGGAGAACAUCAGAACAUACCUUGGUGUUGACCCCAAUACCUUCACAGGAGAUGAAGAAUUUGAGGAGAGUAACAUGAUGCACGGGAUUAAUGGUAGGGUGUACGGUAACCUCCAUGGACUGGUGAUGACCCGCGGCCAGAAAGUAGACUGGUAUCUGCUGGGCAUGGGCAACGAAGUGGACAUGCACACUGUUCACUUCCACGCUGAGACGUUCACCUACAAGACGGACCGUGCGCACCGUGCAGACGUUUUUGAUCUCUUCCCCGGGACUUUCCAGACUGUGGAGAUGGUUGCUGGGAACCCGGGGACUUGGUUACUUCACUGUCACGUGACUGACCACAUCCACGCUGGCAUGGAGACCACCUUCACCAUCAAGGAAAACACAUCGCAUGCGAUAGGAACUGAAGGUUCCUUAAGGACUCUGCUGCUCUCGCUGGCACUCUGCCUCUUGGCCUUGGGUGGACUGCAAUAAUGAAGGGACUGUGUUACUGUGGUCAUUUAUGCAACCAAACUAAAAAAUAUCCAGGGACAAAAUCACUGUUGUGUUUGAAGUUAUGUAUGUAAAUAUCAAGCAAUGAUUAGACCAGUCUAAAUAUUUGAAGGGCUGUACGAUGUUGUAUACAGUUUAUACAGAUUAUUUUAUUUCUUAGCAUUUUAUAUUUGUGGAUUGUUUUCAUGUGGUCGUUUCCUGGCAUGUUGCACUGUGUUUAAUGUUAGCUUUAUAAAGCAUAGCUGUACCAAAAAUGUUAUCCAAUUAUGAAUGUGCAAUAAACACCUGGUUUUAACUGCGGUGUGAUA